AUGAAGGUGAAGAAGGUAUUUACGAUGCUACUGGCGCUCUGCGUUGCGAUAUGGACGCCCGUUCGAGGAAAAGAAGGCAUAGUCAAUGUCGUAGACGACUCAUUAAAACGUACUUUGCGUCAGGAAAGUGCUUCAUUUGCUUCUACAGCUGCUCAGACACAGGACUCGACCAAUCCAUUGCGACGUCGUGAUCAGGCGCUAGUGUCGCCCCAUCGCGUGUACGAUCCGGUCUCUGGUCUAGCUUGUUCAUUAGUGGGAAUUUGUAUGGAAUGUACAGAGGCUGAGAAGGAUGAAAGCUAUUGUCGUGAGACAGGAUUCCGACAGGAACUAGAAUGUCCUUUACCUAAUGACUCUAAGCUACUUGCCAAGUCUGAAGGUCAUGGACGACAGACACGAUAUAAAGUUUGUUUACCUGCAGAUGUAGCACGACCGGGUCUUGCAGUGGUACAAUUUGAGGCGGUCAUAGCAGUGCUACUAGCUGUGUCAGUUGUACUGCUGCGACGUGAGCGAAAGAACCACAUGAGUUUGUUUGACCAGAGGAAGGAUCCAGGGCAAUGUGCGGGGCUGCUCGGUGGCCCGGCUACCAGCGAUAAAAGCUCCGAUUGA